AUGUCUUCGAGUAGUAAUAUGUUAGCAAGUAAAUUUAAAAGUUUUCUUAAUCAUGAAGCAGGUCCAAAAACUGUUCAUUUUUGGGCACCAGCGUUUAAAUGGGGGUUGGUUAUAGCAGGUAUAAGUGACAUGAAACGUCCUGCAGAGAAGUUAUCAGUAUCUCAAAACGUUGCAACUGGAUUAAUUUGGUCACGAUAUGCUACUCAAAUUAAACCAAAAAAUUAUCCAUUAUUAUCUGUGAAUGCUUUCCUUGCAGCCACAGGAUUAAUACAAUUGUAUAGGAUAUGGGAUUAUCGUCAAGAAUUAGUAAAGCAUCAAACAAAAUCAACA